UUCUAUACGACGAAAUAACUGUUUGCAGCUGACAGGAACUUCUUUAUAUCGUGAAGUGUUGGUGUCACUGCGUUGUGGGUAGUAUUUAUUGUGGAAACGUGAGACAGCAACAUAAAAAUGACGCAUACGAACUUUGAGAUGGAAGUAGAUGACAGACCAAGUAAGGGUGAAGGCUUUCGUCAGUAUUAUAUAACAAAAAUAGAGGAAUUACAAUUAGUAGUCGCAGAAAAAAGUCAGAACUUGAGGCGACUCCAGGCCCAGCGUAAUGAGCUUAAUGCCAAAGUCCGAAUGUUGCGUGAAGAACUUCAGCUGUUGCAAGAGCAAGGAUCUUAUGUAGGUGAGGUUGUAAAGCCUAUGGAUAAAAAGAAAGUCUUGGUGAAAGUGCACCCUGAAGGAAAAUUUGUUGUAGACUUGGAUAAAAACAUAGACAUAAAUGAUGUAACAGCAAAUUCUCGGGUAGCUCUUCGAAAUGAAAGCUACACCUUACACAAAAUACUUCCUAAUAAGGUUGACCCAUUAGUCUCCCUCAUGAUGGUUGAAAAGGUACCUGACAGCACAUAUGAAAUGGUUGGUGGCCUAGAUAAACAGAUCAAAGAAAUAAAGGAGGUUAUUGAAUUGCCAGUGAAACACCCAGAGUUAUUUGAUGCAUUAGGCAUUGCACAACCAAAAGGUGUUCUACUUUAUGGACCUCCAGGAACAGGGAAAACAUUGCUUGCCCGUGCUGUAGCACACCACACAGAAUGUACAUUCAUCCGUGUUUCUGGUUCAGAGUUAGUUCAGAAAUUUAUUGGAGAAGGUUCUCGUAUGGUCCGUGAAUUGUUUGUAAUGGCAAGGGAGCAUGCACCAUCCAUUAUUUUCAUGGAUGAAAUUGAUUCAAUUGGUUCCUCACGAAUAGAAUCGGGAAGUGGUGGUGACUCGGAAGUGCAGAGAACGAUGUUGGAAUUGUUAAAUCAGUUAGAUGGAUUUGAAGCUACAAAAAAUAUCAAGGUCAUAAUGGCUACAAAUAGAAUUGAUAUUCUUGAUCCUGCUCUCCUGCGUCCUGGACGUAUUGACCGAAAGAUUGAAUUCCCUCCACCAAAUGAGGAGGCACGCCUGGACAUAUUAAAAAUUCAUUCAAGAAAAAUGAAUCUCACUAGAGGUAUUUAUCUACGGAAAAUUGCAGAGCUGAUGCCUGGUGCUUCAGGAGCAGAAGUUAAGGGUGUCUGUACAGAGGCAGGGAUGUAUGCUUUGAGGGAACGAAGAGUACAUGUGACACAAGAAGAUUUCGAAAUGGCUGUGGCCAAAGUCAUGCAGAAGGACUCUGAGAAGAACAUGUCAAUUAAGAAAUUGUGGAAAUAAAAUAUUUUUACUUUGGAAAAAAAGUCCUAAAAAUAUACAGCUGCAUGUACAUAAUUUUUUUUUUUUACUAAUUAAUGAAUUCUUCAUUUGGUGCACUUUUUCCCUUUGGUUUUACUAAUAUUGCUUGCUUGAGUUACAUCAAGCAUUUUACUGCGGCACUGCUGUGUUGUAGGAAAGUCUGGAUCCCAGAAACCUAUAAAACAAUAGUGUAGUUUAGUACAACUUUCAUAAAAUACUUCAUUAUGAAUUUAUUUAGGAUUUCAACACGUACCUGGUGGUGUUUUAGCUCUUACAGGAUAUUUAUCUCUGUGCCUUGAGCAAUGAUUCAUGUGUUGUUUUUGUGCAGCUGCAGUGUCAUCUUUCCCUGUUUCAUAGUACUGAAAUUUAUGUUUAGUAUGAAAAGAUUGAAUUUUACAACAAAAUAAAAAAAUCAAGGUUCAAUAAAUA